CCUGUUACAGUCCGCUGACUCACAGGUAUUGGUCGAAAACGGUGAUGAAAUUGGUGACAGCCAAUCAGAAGACUGCAGCAAGAGUGGGAAUGUAACACGCUCCGUAAUCUACGUAAAAUAUGAUGCGGCUUUCCCCACCACUCCGUUCGAUGCUAAGGAGGUUCGUCGUUACUAGUGUUGGCGUUGAUGGAUUAAAUUAUGGCAAAUCUGGCCACAUUGGCGGCCACGGCCACACUGUCUGGGAUCAGUGAUUAAAGGUGAUUAAAUUCUGUCCAUGUAUCGUGUAAUGGAAAUAGUGUACGGUGAUUUUCUAACUUACAAAAUAAAAAAAGGAGAGAUAUUUUGAGCUUCUGCGAUAUGAAAGACCUCGAAUUAUGUGUAUGGAAGGGUGAUUGGGGUCUACCAUCAGUUGAUACGGAUUGUUUACAAGUUUUGGUUUAUGCCAAAUUUAAUGGUGUAUCUUUAAAAAUAAAUACUUCUGGUAAUUUAUUUAAUGCACCCAACGGUCGAUUACCCGUUUUACGAUGUAGUAGUGGCACAUUAGAUUCAGUUGAAGAAAUAAUAAAUUAUUUAAGAGAACAAAAUUUUAAUACAGAACAUGUAUUAUCUCCAAAAGAAUGUGCAACAGUUAUGGCUUAUAAUUCACUGUUAAAAGAAAAAUUGUUUCCCGCCAUACAAUUUAUUUGGUGGAUAGAUAAAAAGAAUGUAGAUGAAUUGAUAAGACCAUGGUACUGUAAAGCAUUGCCAUUCCCAUUAAAUUUCUAUUAUCCAAGAAAAUUCGAAAAACAGACCCAAGCACUGUUUGAAACUUUAUAUCCUACAGAAGAUAAUAUGGUUGUUAUAGAAAAUAAGGUAUAUUCGGAAGCGCAAAAAUGUUUGACGCUGUUAUCUACAAGACUGGGAGAUUUAGAUUACUUCUUUGGUACAAAACCUAGUCUGCUGGAUGCCAUUAUAUAUUCUUAUCUGGUACUACUGCUCAAAGUUCCUUUACCGAAUCCAGCGUUACAAAAUCAUUUAAAGGCUUGCACAAAUUUAGUGAAAUAUAUAUCUCGUAUAUCGCAAAAGUAUUUUGAAAGUAAUUAUCAAGAGUAUACGCAACGUAAGACCGAGGAGAACGCACAAAAAAAGACGAACGAUUCGGAGAAUGAAUUUCCUAAUAAAAGAAGAAAUCAACUUUUUGCUGGAAUUUUUGCUACACUGGCAAUGGCAGGAUACGCGUUUUCAACUGGAAUAGUCGAGGAUGUAUUAUCUACAGGGUUGCACGCUUAAUAUAAUGUCAUCCAACCGAGGUGCGUCGAUUCUGAACCUGGGAUCCGUAUGGAAUUCGCGUUCCGUUUGAAGUUACAUAAUCAAACACGAAUUCAUUCAAAUCGUGUAACAUUAAAAUUAAUAUAGUAAUGAUUCGAGAGAGAAAUAAUUUAUUUGAAGUGCAUUUUCAAAAUUGUGUACCAUAUUUAGUGCUGUAUGUUCGAAAAAAAUAAAUAUUUCAAUUAUUCUUGAUUGUUUUGUUACAUCCGACCUCUUUAACCCUUUGCCAUACAAUUACGAGUCUGACUCAUCGUACGUUUUUUAUGUAAGGUUUCACAGUGAUGCGGUUAUACUCGUUAUAAAACAAAUCUAUCCUUGUAUGUACGAACAGAUUCAAACAAAAUUGAACAGUAUACGUUUGAAAAAUUACUUGCAAUUAAAUCGUACGGCAAGGGAUUAAGGUGCGUUUACAUUAAAUAAACAACUUCGAACGAAUCAUUUUGGCACUCGUAAGGAGAAGUCGCACCUGUG